CUUCGCCAUGCGUCCUGGGGCGCCGAGGCCACUCUGGCCUCUGCCCUGGGGGGCCUUGGCUUGGGCCGUUGGCUUCGUGGGCUCCAUGGGGUCAGAGCACCCAGCGCCCGGUGGUGUCUGCUGGCUCCAGCAGGGCCGAGAGGCUACCUGCAGCCUGGUGCUCAGGACUGAUGUGAGCCAGGCUGAGUGCUGCGCCUCUGGCAACAUCGACACUGCCUGGUCUAACUUCACCCACCCCGGGAACAAGAUCAGCCUCCUUGGCUUCCUGGGCCUUGUCCACUGCCUCCCCUGCAAAGAUUCGUGCGACGGCGUGGAGUGCGGCCCAGGCAAGGCGUGCCGCAUGUUGGGGGGCCGCCCGCGCUGCGAGUGCGCGCCAGACUGCACCGGGCUCCCGGCGCGCCUGCAAGUCUGUGGCUCGGACGGCGCCACCUACCGCGACGAGUGUGAGCUGCGCGCCGCCCGCUGCCGCGGUCACCCGGACCUGCGCGUCAUGUACCGGGGCCGCUGCCGCAAGUCCUGCGCGUACGUGGUGUGCCCGCGGCCGCAGUCGUGCGUGGUGGACCAGACGGGUAGCGCUCACUGCGUGGUGUGUCGCGCGGCUCCUUGCCCCGUGCCCUCCAGCGCCGGCCAGGAGCUCUGCGGCAACAACAACGUCACCUACAUUUCCUCGUGCCAUCUGCGCCAGGCAACCUGCUUCCUAGGCCGCUCCAUUGGCGUGCGCCACCCGGGCAGCUGCACAGGCCCGCCUGAAGAGCUGCCAGAUGCUGAGUCGGAGGAGGAGGAGGAAAACUUCGUGUGAGCUGCAGGGGGCCUGGGCCUGGCGUCUGAGGUCGUUUCUGCUUUAUUUAUUGCCACAGCAGAAUCUAAUUUAUGUCCCAGGGACAAUCCCCAGUGCCUGGACUGGGAUCUCUUGGGGAUCCUGGAAGGACUGAGGGAACGAGGCUGGGAGCUGCGUUGAUGGGUGGGAUAGUACUCAGAGCCCUAGCACUGAGUAUCCCCUUUAGGGGACUUCUGUGGGAAGUCCUAGCCCCUAUACCAAGCAUCCUACUGCCUGGGAGUACCCAUACUUCUGUCCUUUGGGGAUAAGCCCAUUAAUUAUUACCACUACCAGGAAGACUGGGUACUCCCUGUUGGUAAUUGAUAAAGAGGCAUGACUUGCUCUCCUUGCCCCUAGAUGGGGCACCUCAGACUUAGGUCAAGAGGAGAGGGCGAGGUCUACCCUCAGAACACAGCAACCUUGGCCCAGUGGGACAUGCCCUUCAUAAAUUCCAAGAAAGCAGCCACUGUUCCCUACAGCCCAGGAACUGUAGGUUCUUACCCUCUCAUCACCUUCAUUUCCCCUGUUUAUGUCUCAUGAAGGCCACUAAGAAAUGCUUGGUGUGUCUCCUGUGAGAAUGGCCAUCUGUGCCUCCUGACAUGGAAUGAUUCAUGCCUCCUUGACUGCUGUCAAAUGGGUUCAAGUGGCAACAUCUCAUGGCCUCAGAUGUGGAGUAGCCAGCAGCAGUGCGGAACAGGGCACUGUAUCCAGUGGUGCUCAGUCCACUUAGGGUGGGUUCUGGCCAGAAUGCAGAGCCUCUACUCACCCCACUGGCCCAGGGUGGGUGUUUGUACAGCAAGACACACUGCACAAAUGACAUCCUGGAGCCAGUGUCCCUGCACAUCCUGCCCCCUGCCUUCCAUGGGGGAGAUCAGACACAGGAGCCCUUGGUCCUGCACAGUCUGCUCCGGCCAGGCUUUGCACAGUUCCCAGCUAGACCCUCCUCACCCACCAGCCUGUCAGGUUGUGGCGAUACCAGCCACAUGCUGCUCUUGGGCCAAUUCCCUCCAAACUGCUCACCCACAAUGCAGUCUGAUCUGACACUCAAAUUUACCUACCUACUUGUGCCUGCAUGUAGACCAAAGGCUAAGACUGGAUAUGGGACUGGGGGGCAACAAGGAAGACAUCUAACUCCCCAGGUUUGGGGUGAGGACUCCAGAGGAGUUUUACUCAUCCUCCUCUACCCCUCAAGUAGUGCCUUACCUGCAAUGCCCAGAAAAGUGUCCUUGAGUAGGGGGUGUCCACCCAAGCCCCCAAACAAGGCAGCCUCCCCCACCCUGGGGUCCUGCCUCACCAAAGAAAUAAAGACUGAA